GUCUAAUGCUCCCUAACGUGGUAUUGCUUGGAUCCCAGUGAGCCAUCACGUGGAGCCACUAUGUGCUGCUGUGUUUGGUCUUAUCAACCACAUCUCGGCGGUAUUUAGAUACAUGCAGCGUGCGGCUAUGCAGGUCGAUGAGUCGAUCCAAUCUUGUCUUGUUUCUCUCAUCAUUCGUAUGCGACCUAGCAACUAGCUGCAUAACUGCACGUCUUCCAGAAAUGAAUGAUAGUCAAGCAGGUGAACUAGAAGCCUUGGAGGGAUUAUUGGUUGAUCCAAGUGCAAAGCCCAUCAAGCUAUCGUAUGGUCUUUUGAAAUUCGUCACAGGAAAUUUUUCUAACGAAAUAGGUCGUGGUGGGUUUGGAGUUGUUUACCAGGGAAGUUUGCAAAAUGGGGAGGUUGCUGUAAAGAAGAUCUCCAAUGUACAUGAGCUUUCUGAUAAGACAUUCAUGGAUGAGAUCACAUGUUUAAUAAAGGCAAAGCACAAGAAUAUAGUAAGAUUUCUAGGCUAUUGUUCAGAUACCCAGGGGGAAGUGAUGGAAUAUAAUGGGGCCUAUGUGAUGGCAGAGGUACAAAAAAGGCUGCUUUGUUUUGAGUAUGCUCCUAAUGGAAACAUUCGGGACUAUCUUGAAGAGAAACGGGGUGAAAAUGGGUGGCAUAUAAGGUACCGAAUAAUAAAGGGAAUAUGUGAGGGUCUGCACUACCUUCAUGCACAACGCAUCAGUCAUUUGGACCUCAAACCUGAGAAUGUUAUGCUGGAUGCUGGUAUGGAGGCAAAAAUCACGGACUUUGGUCUAGCAAGAUGUUUAGUUGAUGGCCACUCCAUAGUUUAUACUAAGAUUAUCCGGGGAACGCCGGGAUAUAUGGCACCAGAAAACAUAAACACGGGAGAAAUAUCAUUAAAGUCAGACAUAUAUGCAUUGGGCAUUAUUAUACUAAAGCUAGUAACCGGGUGUAACGUCAUCGAUUUUGAUAAUUGGCAUGAAUUGUCAGAUUUGGACAACCCGCAAGUGAAGACGGGAUGUAUCAAGAUCGCUCGAGCCUGUAUCGAAGUUGACCAAUAUAAAAGACCUACUGUAGUUGAAAUAAUCCGUGAGUUGGACGAGAUAGAGAACAUGUCUCAAUAUUUGAAAGAUGUCACGGGUUCUUCCACAGGCCAGGAAACUGAUCCAAGGAGUCGUCUUGGCCGACGGACAGACACUGAUCCUCCUAGAGCUCAGGCGAAAGAAGCACAAACUGCUCUCACCACAGGGCCUUCUUCGGUUAAACCCCCUCCCAAGGGGAUUGGACGGAAUUGGAGGAGAUUUCGUGGGAUUUUGACUCGUUGGGGAGUCAACCUCUCUCAAUCCCGGCCAAUCCCCCUCAAUUCCUUGUCCAAGAACAACGGCAGAGUGGAGAGGGACGAACAAUGGGCUGCCGCACAGAGGACGCUUCAUAGCAUUCAAGAACCUGAGCAGGCCUCCAACACACUGUUCAAUAAGAACAGCUACCAUGAGCUCACUGAGAUAGCUGAGCAAGCCAAGAGAAGAGCUGAGAUUGCAAGGCUGAGAGAGUUGAGCACACUAAAGGGCCACGUUGAGUCGGUCGUGAGGCUUAAGGGGCUCGACAUUGACACCAUCAACCAGAACUACACAGUGUGAGGAAUUUUGGCAUCGAGAAAAAAAUGGCAUCCAUACAUAUAUAUUGGAGCGAGAUUGAAAUGGGCCUCCACUUUAAGAUUCCUCUGGUGGUGAAUGAAUGGUAGAAACAUAGUCAGAUUACUGAUAGCACAUAUCUCGAACUAUUUUAGUGGUCUACGGAGGUAUUGACUGCAUAAGAUGAUGCAAACAUAUGUUAUUAUUUGUUAUGUUAUAAACUAUAUGAUUGCAUUACA